UGGUCGGGGGAAUGCCUCCCUCUGCCUGGCUCCUUAUAGUGCCGGCAGGAGGCAGGAAUUCUGACCGAGUGGUACGGACAUCGCCGCCGGAGACCACAAACACGGAGCUCUCCCUUUAAACAAGGUCUCAUGAUCGACAACUCUUUCAAUCAGUUGUCCAGUCGUGGAGGAUCAAGGCGAACCCACGUCCUUCCUACACUUAAAGCAAGUGCGCUGAGUGACGUUGGAGCAAAGUGAACAUCACUGAAAGGUCUCGAGGAAACGCAGCUGACACUUAAAGAAUUCUCAUAGAGGACGAGCCAACAGGUUUUGACUUGUUGAUCCUCUGAUCUGACAUCAUGCAUCAGCUGUCUGUGUCCCUGUUUGUCUGCCUGUGGCUAGUGGAGCACAGCCAUUGCAACAGUAGCUUGGGCAACAGUCUCAAUGAUCUUCACACACAGUUUGGUGUCAGCCUCUACCAAACACUUACUGAGACAGAGAACAACUCCAACCUGAUCAUGUCUCCAGCCAGCAUCUCACUGUGUCUGGGCCUUCUGCAGCUAGGUGCCAGAGGGAACACUCUAGCACAGCUUGAUAGAACUCUGGGUUAUAAUGUAAACGAUGCUCGUGUGCAGGAUGUUCUGUCUUGGCCACAAGGUGACCUGGUUAAUUCCAGUAAGGGUGUGCGGCUCGAGCUUGCUAAUGCCUUAUUUGUCCAAAGUGGUGUGAAACUCCUGCCAGAGUUUACUCAGAAUGCCUUGGGAUGGGGUAACAAUAGCCUACUGAGUGUAAACUUCAUUAAUUCCAACUACACUCAGCUACAGCAAUGGGCACACUACCAUAGUAAAGCUGAUGACCACCUUCAGGCUAAAGAGGAGCUACUACAGUCUGAUGAACCACAAGAAGAGGCCUCCAGGCAGGAUAUAUUGCCACACAUGACUCUACUGAGUACAGUGGUGUUCCAAGGAGCCUGGCAGAAACAAUUCCUCUUCACAGAGACUCAAAACCUGCCCUUCACCCUCUCUGAUGGCAGCACAGUCAAAGUGCCAAUGAUGUACCAGUCAACUGAAGUCAACUUUGGACAGUUUCGCCUGCCUUCAGAUCAGCAAUACACUGUAUUGGAGCUGCCAUACCUGGAUCGCUCACUCAGGCUGUUGGUGGCAUUACCUGGUGACAGAAAGACCCCUCUAUCACAGCUAGAAUCACAGCUCACAGCCCGUGCUGUGGGACUUUGGGAUACUGGAUUAAGACGAACCAAGAUGGAUAUCUUUUUGCCCAGGUUUAAAAUGCAGAGCAGGUUCAAUCUGAAGCCUGUUCUACAGUCUCUUGGUAUCUCUGACGUCUUCAGUCCUUCGGCAGCAGAUUUUAGAGGGAUCUCAGAUGGGGAAGGACUUUUUGUAUCUGAGGCUUUCCAUGAGGCAAGAAUAGAGGUGACAGAGGAAGGGACAAAAGCAGCUUCAGUCACAGCAAUGGUGCUAUUGAAAAGAUCUCGUGCAGCAGUUUUUAAAGCAGAUCGACCAUUUUUCUUCAUCUUACGUCAAAUCAGUACAGGUUUAUUGCUGUUUAUAGGUCGAGUUUUGAAUCCAGCAGAACAGAUGUCUUGAGAAGAUACAUGCAGUGACAUCUACUUGAAAUAAUGAACACACACACACACACACAGGAGUCCUACAUUUAUAAAUACUUUAAUCCAAAUGAUUUUGCCAACUCAGCACACCCCAACCUCCCUCAUGGGAGUAGAGGGUGAGAGGAAUAUCUGGGGACCAUUAGGAGGGUCAACUGACACUUCAGGAAGAGGGACAAGACUUUUGUACAUAUCUGUAAAUAAAAUUUUAUUACAUAAGGGUUUUUUGCACUUCAAAGUGUCUGCUGUCAUUUAUUUCCUCUACGCUCAAUAAAUUAUCUUAUUUCCGGUAGAAUUGUUUUGGUUACCAUCGGUUAUUGAUUUCAAGGAUUUAAAUUCAGUAGAUCCCAAAGAUUUUCAGCUUUAAACCCAUGAUGUUGUUUGCCCACAUGCUGACUGUCAUUUUUAAGUACAUUUAUUUACAUAUAGUGGUUUAUGAAUUCAAAUGUAUAAUACUGAAAUAAAUCAUAAAUGCAGCUGCACAAGAAAGUUAAAUAAGUUUGAUAGCAAAUUAGCGAUAUGUGUCUGAAAUUAAAAAGUUCUGCCAGAACACAAAGUUUGAAUAAGUUUAAAGAUGCACUCAGUAACUUUUGUCUUUGUGUCAUCUUGGACUUACACUGACACCUAGCGGUUUGAAUAUAAUUUAAAUUUAAAAUCAAUAGUUUUCAGUUUCAGAUGACAUUGUAGAAAUGUAGUGUUCACAGUCAGCCAUGAUUACUUUAAUCAAUGAGUGAAAGUGUCAAAUAACAGGACAGUUACUGAGAUUAAGCGAACUUCUGCUGAUCAUGUGAUGAGCCUCUCCAUGUAGAAUAAAUCAGCUUUUAUAAGGUUACUGAUUUGACUGGAGUCUUGAUUUUAAUGUGAGUGCUCAUUAUUUCCUAUAUAUACACAUUGCAAAAUUAAAAUGUAUGUCUUUAAGAGUUUAACUUUUUUUUAAUGAGGAAAAAAUUACUAAGUGCACCUUUAAGUUGAGGGAGUCUGAAGUGUUGUGCUGCAGUGAAAAAUCUGCAAGAUAAACUUCCUCAUAGGCUACACUGGAGUCUUUUGAUCAAAUAAGCUAGUGCCUCGGAAGACCAUAAACUCCCCAUAAAAAUCUAGAACAUAUGGCAGGGCUGCCUCUGAAAUUGCAUAUGUCCUAUGCCAAUAAACGAACAACACCUGAACAUGAGCGCUGAGAAAAAGAAAAAAAAGGAAAAAAAAAAAUCACUUCAACCAUUCUUUCUCAAAACAGAUUCCUUCAAAUCACAACGUAGGUUAAAGAUGGCAAGACUUGCAAUCCUUUUAAUAACAUCAUGCUACUGAAAAGUUAUUCACAGAAAAAUUGCAUUUAUUUGCAUGACUAUUCACAGUAUAAAAUAGACUUUAUUCAAAUACAUACAAAAAGAGGCUUUCCAACAAACAUUCUCUUAAAUAAUACUUUCAUUGUCACUAUGUACAUAUAUACACAUCAUAUUAAAAAUAUUUUUUUUUAAUUUAUUUUUUAAAGAAGCCACUGAUUCAUCUUUAUCGAUACACAUAUGGCAAAGACUUGGUCCCUACAUUAGGGUGCAGGGUUAAAAGGAUGAGACAGGACAAGAGACGGGGAAAAAAAAAAAACUGGGAAACUGUAUAUUUGGUAGUAAUGUAGGAAUACAUUAGCAGCAACUGCCUCCCAUGUAAAUUAAUAAGUGACCAUAUCCUGGAUGCUUAUACAAUAAAGAUGUUUUACAUUUUCGGGAGGAAAAAACCUUUUCCCAGUUAUUUUGACAUCUUUUAAGUCAAUUCUGCCUCUUUUUUAAUUUUUUAUAUAUAGUUCCUUUUGUAGCUUCAGUGUAAAUAAAAAUUGGCUACUAAAUGCUGAAAAGGUUUUUCCAAAGAUACCUAAAUUAAGAGACCUCAAAGUUCAGAUAAGUGAACAAUCCUUAAUUUUGUUGUGUACAAAAAUGCUGCCGGUUAUUAA